AAAAAAAAAAAAAAAAAAAAAAAGAAGAAGAAGAAGUAGACACCCAAUUGGCAUAUUAAUUGUGGGAAAUUGCGUCGCGCUUUCUUUUUGUUUGGUUUGUGGAGGCCGAGAGGGAGCAGUGUUGGCUCGAGAAGAUUGCAGAGAUGGUCAUGGAAAUUGUGGAACCAAACGCAUGCAUUAGAGGUUGCUGCAGCAGCAAUUCCAUUCCUCUCCAUCUUCCACCUUCCUCUUACACUCUCCUCAAACCCGUUGCCCGAGGACUACCUGUGCGACUAGGGGCUGAGAGUGUUGUAUACGAAGCACUUUUGGAUGGGAAGAAAGUUGCUGUCAAGAAACCCAGCUUGUCUACUUCUGAUGAUCUUGAUAAAUUCCACAAGGAAUUGCAAUUGCUUUGUAAGCUGGAUCAUCCGGGAUUAGCAAAAUUGGUAGCUGCGCAUGCAAGGCCUCCCAAUUACAUGUAUUUCUUUGAAUUCUUUGAAUCACCCAAUUUGUCUGACAAACUACACAUGGAAGAAUGGACUCCGAGUAUCGAUCAGGUGCUUGUGAUUGCUCUCCAUUUAGCAAAGGCUUUGCAAUACCUGCAUAACCUCGGGAUUGUACAUAGGGAUGUGAAACCGGAAAAUAUUCUUCUUGACAACGAUCUUUUCCCCCACUUAGCAGACUUUGGUUUGGCUGUAUAUAAAGAAGAUCUUAAAGGAGUUUCUCUUGAGAAUUGGAGGUCAUCUGGCAAGCCUACUGGUGGUUUUCACAAAAAGAAUAUGGUUGGCACCCUCAUUUACAUGGCACCUGAAAUAUUGAAGAAGGAAACUCAUACAGAAAAGUCAGACGUGUACAGCUUUGGUAUUUCACUCAAUGAGCUUCUGACCGGUGUUGUUCCAUAUACUGAUCUUCGUGCGGAAGCCCAGCAGGCGCACACUGUACUGGAGAUGAACUACACAGAGCAGCAACUUACAGCAGCAGUGGUGUCAGAUGGAUUGCGACCGGUUCUUGCUGAUCCUGAGUCUGGUGUGCCACCAGCUUUAUUAUCAGUGAUACAGAGAUGUUGGGAUGCAAAUUCUCAAAACAGGCCUUCUUUCGAUGACAUAGUUGCUGAACUUGUUAUAAUUUUGAAACACAGAGAGAAAAUAAAGGAGCCAGAUAGUUCCUUUCACGAUUCUCUUAAUUCUCUUGGUAAUCAGCCUAUAGAUGUUGGCAACAAUCUUCAAGCUUAUCAAGAGGGUAUUAACUGGUUUACUCAGGGAGAAAAUUCCAUCAAUAGAGCUUGUGAACCUAAGCAUGGUUUGGAAAAGUGGCUUCAAGCUUCAAAUGAUACUUUGGCAUAUCAUCCAGUACUUUCUUGGGGAUCUUUUGCUACCUGUGGCAGAAGGGAGACGAUGGAGGAUACACAUUUCCUUUUGCCACAUGUGUGUAAUGAAAGGGAUAUCCAUGUUUUUGGUAUUUUUGAUGGUCAUAGAGGUGCAGCAGCUGCCGAAUUUUCAGCUCGAGCUUUUCCAGGAUUCCUGCAAGCUAUAAGUUCGAUUAGCAGUCCAAGAAGUGCAUUGUUCGAGGCAUUCAUUAAGACUGAUAUAGCAUUUAGAGCUGAGCUGGAUAUUUCUCGUAAAUCCAAGAGAGUUAUCCAGAAGGACUGGCAUCCUGGUUGCACUGCAGCUGCAGCUCUUAUUGUUAGAAAUAAACUUAUUGUAGCUAAUGCAGGAGAUUGCAGGACAAUACUGUGUCGUGCUGGCCACCCCCUUGUUCUAAGCAAGGAUCACGUUGCAAGCUGUCUCGAGGAAAGGGAUCGGGUUAUUAGUGCAGGAGGAGACGUAAGAUGGCAAGUCGAUAAUUGGAGGGUGGGUCGUGCUGCUCUUCAGGUUACUCGUUCCAUAGGUGAUGAUGAUCUAAAGCCUGCUGUGACUGCAGAACCUGAGAUAACUGAAACUAUUCUCUCCCCAGAGGAUGAGUAUUUGGUAAUGGCAAGUGAUGGACUGUGGGAUGUUGUGAGCAAUGCGGAGGUUGUAAACAUAAUCCGGGACACGGUGAAAGAGCCUGGAAUGUGCUCCAAGAGAUUGGCGACCGAAGCCGCAGAACGUGGGAGCAAAGACAACAUCACAGUCAUUGUCGUCUUCCUCCGUCCUGUCUCCACAGCUGAGAGAAUUUUCUAGGUUGGUUUGCUAGUUUUUCCAACUUAUGAAUGCAAAUGUGGGAGGAAAUUUAGCCUGGAAAAUAAAAAAACGGUGAAUUAUUGGUCGGUGUACGAUACCAAGACCAACACUGUAUUUUCUAUAGGAUAUUCUUUGAAUAAAAUCAUCUCCCGGAUGAGCUUUGCGGGCCGGUGGUCCAGUUUAUUA